AUGGCCACAUCUGGCAGGAUCAGUUUUACAGUGAGGAGCAUUUUGGAUUUACCAGAGCAAGAUGUUAAUAGCGUAAAGCAAGCCUCUGACCAUCACCACUCAGCGAACUCCACCGGCUCGCCGUACCGAGGGUGGAUAGAAACAGACAGAAAUCACUAUCUCUCUUCCGACGAGAGCGGCCCGGAGCUGAGCUUGCCCGACUCCACCCAAAGGUCGCUCCCCGCCCGCGGCUCGGAGGCCGAGGAGAAGAAGAAGAAGCGUCGGGUGCUCUUCUCCAAGGCGCAGACGCUAGAGCUGGAGCGGCGGUUCCGACAGCAGCGGUACCUCUCGGCUCCGGAGCGGGAGCAGCUGGCUCGGCUGCUCAGCCUCACCCCGACCCAGGUGAAGAUCUGGUUCCAAAACCACCGCUACAAGAUGAAGAGGGCGCGGAGCGAGGGCUCCGGCAGCCCCGCGCCGCGCCCGCCCGCCCUGCUCCGCCGGGUGGUGGUGCCGGUGCUCGUGCGGGACGGGGAGCCCUGCCGCGGCUGCCCCGCCAGACCGCCGCCGCCCGCCGCCCGCCCCAAGCCGGGCUGUGCCCUGCCGGGCUGCAGCACCCAGGCUGCCCUCGCCCUGCCGGGCUACCGAACCUGCCCCCCCGCCGCCGCCCUCGGCGUCUUUCCCGCUUACCAGCACUUAGCGCACCCCGCCGUCGUCUCCUGGGGAUGGUGA